AUGUUGCAGGUCCAGAGAGCCUCGUCGCGCCUUGUGUUCCGACGUGCACGUCAUGCUAUCGUAAUCGGGCAAUGGACGCCCUCGCGAGGGCUCGCAACACCAGCAGAGCCCUACGACGCGAUCGUCAUCGGUUCAGGUCCCGGUGGCUACGUCGCCGCCAUCAAGGCCGCUCAACUCGGCCUCAAGACCGCUUGCAUCGAGAAGCGGGCGACACUCGGCGGCACAUGUCUCAACAUCGGCUGCAUCCCGUCAAAAGCCAUGCUCAACAAUUCCCACAUCCUCCACCAAACACAACACGACCUCAAGCGCCGCGGCAUUGAUGUCGACAGCGUCUCUCUCAACCUACCUCAAAUGCUCAAGGCGAAGGAUGACGCCGUCAACGGCCUCACCCGCGGUGUCGAGAUUCUCUUCAAGCAGAACAAAGUCGACUGGAUCAAGGGCACCGCAUCCUUCAUUACCCCGAGCAAGCUCAGCAUAAAGCUUAACGAAGGCGGCGAGACGGAACUCGAGGCAAAGAACAUCAUCAUCGCUACUGGCUCCGAUGUCGCGCCCUUUCCCGGUGGCAACAUCCACAUUGACGAGGAACAGAUCGUCUCCUCGACUGGUGUCCUCUGUCUCCAAAAGGUCCCAGAGAAGAUGGUCGUCAUCGGCGGUGGUAUCAUUGGUCUUGAGAUGGGCAGUGUGUGGAGCCGUCUCGGUGCGCAAGUUACUGUGGUCGAGUUCCUGGGUGCUAUCGGCGGUGCAGGCAUUGACGAGGAGAUUGCCAAGCUCACUCAGCGGAUGCUGGCCAAGCAGGGCAUGAAGUUCAUGCUGAACACAAAGGUCAUCUCCGCUGAGAAGAAGGACGGCAAGGUCUACGUCAAGACCGAGGCAGCGAAGGGAGGUCAGGAGACUACGCUGGACGCCGAUGUCGUCCUCGUCGCAGUCGGCCGCGUGCCUUACACCGAGGGCCUCGGGAUUGACAAGAUCGGCGUCGAGACCGACCCCAAAGGUCGCAUAAUCAUUGACGACCAAUAUAACACAUCCGUCGCAGGUGUAAAAUGCAUCGGUGACGUAACGUUCGGGCCUAUGCUCGCACACAAGGCAGAAGAUGAGGGCGUCGCUGCCGCCGAGUACAUCAAGAUCGGCCACGGCCACGUCAACUAUAAUGCCAUACCCUCCGUGCUCUACACCUAUCCCGAGGUCGCUUGGGUUGGCAAGACCGAGCAGGAGCUCAAGAAGGCCGGUGUCUCAUACAAAAUUGGCAGGUUCCCCUUCGCCGCCAAUUCCCGUGCCAAGACCAACCUCGACACUGAGGGCCAGAUUAAAUUCAUCGCUGAGAAGGAGACCGACCGCGUGCUUGGCGUGCACAUCAUCGGCCCCAACGCAGGCGAGAUGAUUGCUGAAGCUACGCUUGCUAUCGAGUACGGCGCGAGCUCAGAGGAUCUUGCCCGGACAUCACACGCUCACCCUACACUCAGCGAGGCAUUCAAAGAAGCAGCACUGGCCGCGUACUUCAAAUCGAUCCAGUUUUAG